AUGAAAUUAACAAAGUUAAUAAUUGACAGUUUUGAAAGCGUGAAGAGGCGUAUUUAUUUGAUAUUAUGGAUCUCAUUAGUGCUGUAUCUUUUUUACGAUACAUUUAUUUAUUAUAACGUUGGACAGAAAUUUUAUUAUUUAAGAAGGAUUUUAGGGUUCGGACUAUGCAUCUCCCGUGGCACGGCAACUGUUAUAAAUUUAUGCUGCGCUUUGGUGUUACUUCCUCUAUGCAAGAAGUUAAAUCAGUUGCUAUACAGAGUAUUAUCGAAAUUAUGGCCUGGAUUGUUCUUUUUCUGGUUAGAAAAAACGAAGAGUUUUCAUAUGACUGUUGCAAUUACGUUGUUAUUUUUUGCUGUGGUACAUUCCAUCUCUCACCUGGUGAACUUAUGGAAUUUCUCCAGAGGGUACGACGAACAAAACGCCGAGAUUAACUUCGCGAGGUACAGGAAUGAGAAUCCUCUAUGCCUGUUACUAAGUACGGCAGGCCUUACAGGCGUGGCAAUGCUUAUAAUAACUCUUUGCAUGGGUCUUACAUCAAUGAGGAUCGUCCGCCGAAGAGUAUACAAUGCCUUCUGGUAUACCCAUCAACUUUAUUUACUGUUCAUCGUGUUACUCAUUAUACAUCCAUUGAGCGGUGUUUUAAAGGAACAAGUUAUAGAAACUGAAGCUAGUCUAAUUGAUAGUCAAGACGAGAAUACUCCGAGAUUUGUAGCCAUCAAAUCAACGACGUGGUUGUGGAUGUCUCUGCCAUUAUCCUGCUACGUUUUUGAUCUUUUGUGGCGAAUCUGCACUAGGAAUAGAGCGAAAGUUAACAUUUUGGAAGUGCAUCAUAUGGCGGGGCGCACUAUAAGUCUGACAGUGAGCUGUCCGCCUGACCUACAGUGUCGUAUGGGGCAAUAUUUCCUACUGCAGUGUUUGGACGUCUCCCUCAUUGAGUGGCACCCCUUCACUGUUGUUAAGGUUCCUACAACAUACCAAAGAAGCUUCGUUGUGUGGAUAAGAAUAAAAGGCGAUUGGACUGAAUCAUUAGAAAAACUAUUGUUAGAGAGAAGGGCGAGUGAAUUAAGUGUGCUGGUAGACGGACCGUUUUCGAGUCCUAUGGAGAGCGUCUGUCGAAAUGAUGUAGCAAUUUGCGUAGCUGCUGGAGUGGGGAUCACGCCUUUUGUAGCUGUGUUACAUGACCUUUUACUAAAUCCACGCAACCGCCUACCCGGCCGAAUUCAUCUCCUCUGGAUAGUAAGAUACGAACAAGAACUCACAUGGCUCGCAUGCCUCGCGAAUAAAACGUUAUUACAAUUACGUAACGCAAACCGCCCAGACAGACUGCACAUAGAAUUUUACGUCACUAACACACAAAAUGAACUUAAGAACAAUAGUAAUAAAGAAGAUAAUCCUGUAGCACACAUGGUUGUGAUAAAUGAGAAAGGUCUAACUCAUGUCUUGAAGAGAGAUAGAGAUGAUGAGAAAGUGACUUUGUUGACUCCGAAUCUCAAAAGAAAUGCUAUUGGUGAGAAAUCAGUAAGAACUGAAGACAAUAAUUAUAAUAUAGCGAAAGAGUAUCCUCUGAUUGGAUGUCGAGUAAGAAGAGGAAGACCUCACUGGGAUAGAGUUUUUGGAUAUUGGGUGCAUUUAUAUCCAGAGAACCAUCUUAAUCUAUAUUGCUGUGGACCAAAGAAAUUAGUAAAAUUAUUGAGAAGCAACUGUAAAAAUGCUUCUAAGACAAGUAAAACUAAGUUUACAUUUGUACACGAAGGUUUCUCUUGA